AUGGUGACGAGCAAUGCAAAUCAGAAGAUUAAUUUCCGUUCUAUUGCACAGUGUGUUUUCUUGGUGCCAGGCAAUUCCAGUGAUGUGCAUUUUAGUGUUUGUUUUACCCACAGUUUAAUCUCUUAAGAGAGCAUCCGGAGCUAUUCAAAGAUAGGAAAUAUGUCGGGGGUUUAACCUUGACAUCUCUUCAAAUGUUAUUUAUAUUUUGCAAAGGCCAAUAUGUAAACACAAAAUGUGUAGUAAGUCAAAAACAAAUCGAUCUGAUAUAUAUUUUUCAUAUUUAAUAUCCUGUGCAUAGUUCAUGCAUCGUUAAAUUAACAACUACAUUACAUUUUUUACUGAAUAGAAAACUAAAUUGAUAUGACAACAAAGGUGUGUUUGGCAUAUUAUGUUCUGGUUCAGUACCCUUUCGUCCAAAUACAAAUGAGGAUGGGAUACUUCAAUAUUUACAGCUACAUAAGUGCUAUUGUUGGAAGAGACACAAACAUUUGCGUCGUGAAACCACGCCCACAAACUAUCAGAAUACGAUGACGUCUAUGAUCUUAUGUACAGGUGUGACACGAGCGUACCUUACCGUUCGCGAAACUUUCAAGCUUGAAUUACGAAAUACGGAAGUGUACAGUAAACUACUAGCGACACGAGUUUAAACCUCGCUCCUUAGAGAUUUUCGACUAUGUGAGGAUCAAAAAAGAAGUUAGACUGACGCCAGUCUGCUUGACCCUAACUCUUUAACAAGCUUUUAUGUCAGGAUGUGCUCCAUUGGUCAAGAGGAUCCUAUUGCUUUGCUUGACCUGGAAAAUGGAAAUGAUCCCUUACUUCCAUCACAGUAUGACUCCCAAUCUUCUCAAUCGUAUGACUAUGUCCUGGUGGCCGACAUAGUUAGAGAGACAGAUGAUCAAACAUUCAAGAAGCAGGAUGCGUAUAUUAGGAAUCUGAAACUGAAGAAUAUUAAAGUGACUAUAAUUGAACAUAUGGGAAAGGUAUUUUAUGGCAUUUGUGCCCCUGAAGAAAUUUUCGCAAAGUACAAAUACUUGCUAAAGGUCUCUGAUGCCUGCAACUGGAGCGGAGAGCAAACAUGUUUCUCGUACUCCACCAGGUACUGUAGGGCUUCUAAACUCUUAUUCAAAGGCAUUUCAAACAGGAUUAAAAACGUUUAUCCACCCAAAGCCUUUGUAAUACGUUUUUCCUCUGUUGCUUUGUUUUACAGAAUCAGGGUUGUCCACUUUGUUAUACAUAAUACAUUUAUAGAAACGGGUGAGAAUCUUGAAGAUCUUCUGGCUCAAGGUGUUUUCAAGUCCAUUUUCUGUCUGCAUGAGGAAAAUAAUCAGAAAGAACUAAAAAAGAACUGGGCAAGCUGGUCUGCAAUAUUCUCACUUUUCAAACAGCCUAUGGAUCAUGUUAAAGACUAUUUUGGGGAGAAAGUGGCACUGUACUACCUGUGGCUGGGCUGGUACACACGGAUGCUCAUCCCUGCAGCUUUCAUUGGCAUUGUUGUGUUUUUGUAUGGCAUUGCCUUCUUCAAUACAAGUCCGCUUAUUAAAGAAGUCUGUGACUCCAACAUCAUCAUGUGUCCAAGAUGUGACCACAGAUGCCAUGUGUGGAACCUGUCCGACACCUGUACAUAUGCCAAGGUCAGCCAGCUUUUUGACAAUGAAGGGACAGUGGCAUUUGCCAUGUUUAUGGCGAUUUGGGCCACACUGUUCCUGGAGCUGUGGAAGAGACAUCGAGCUCUGUAUGUUUCUAAGUGGAAUGUGUAUGACUGGUGUGAGGAGGAGGAAGAGUUGAUUUUGGAGAUUGUGAAUGAUCCCCGGUGUAGAACAAAAGUAUUCAGACACUCCUAUCUGCGCACAACAAUGGUGCUGCUUUUGGUAACGCUGGUGUUGGUGGUGAUCAUCGGUCUUACCCAAGCACUGGUGAUCUGCCGCAUAUUAACUGGAAUAGUGUUGUCCGAGAGCGAUUGGCAUUUCUUGCGUGAACAUGCCAGCACAAUAGCCAUGUUGACUGGUGCAGUGCUGCACUACAUCACUAUUCAGGUUAUGACUAGGGUCAACAGAUUGGUGGCCCUCAAGCUGUGUUCAUUAGAGAAGACUCGCUCAAUGGCCGCCACAGAGAAGAACUUCACUGUGAAGAUGUUUACGUUUCAAUUCUUCACACUGUUCUCAUCACUAUUUUAUGUGGCCUUCUUUCUCGGAAGAAUUAAUGGCUACCCAGGAAACUAUAUUCGAAUUGCAGGCAAGUGGAGAUUAGAAGAGUGCCAUCCGAGCGGCUGCCUCACAGAUCUCUUCAUCCAAAUGUCUGUUAUUCUGUUGCUUAAACAAACAAUUAACAACAUCUUUGAGUUUGCAGUGCCCUGGUUAAAGCUCUGUUGUAAGCGACUGAAACCAGAUAAAAUAGAGGAAUGUCAAUAUAAUGGGGGUAACAUCGACUCCUGUGACCCCAGCAACCUGCGUAACUGGCUGGACAAUUACCACCUGACUGAUGUGAAUUGUUUCAGCUUGUUUAAUGAGUUUUUGGAAAUGGUCAUUCAGUUUAGUUUCACCACCAUCUUUGUGGCUGCCUUCCCUCUGGCUCCUCUUUUGGCUCUGAUCAAUAACAUUUUUGAGAUCAGACUUGAUGCCAUUAAGAUGGUGAGCCUUGAGCGCCGCCUGGUGCCCAAAAAGACCAAUGACAUUGGUGUGUGGACAAGAAUAUUAGAAGUCAUUGGUGUGAUGGCUGUCAUUGCUAAUGGGCUGGUUAUUGGCAUUACCUCUGACUUCAUCCCACGUCUGGUUUAUCGGUACUAUUAUGGACCAUGUGCAAAUGGCACCAGUGCCAACCUGGACUGCAUGACAGGGUAUAUCAACGGCACUCUGGCAACAGCCUACAUGUCAGAUGUAAAUGUGCAAAAAGACUUCUUUAUAAAACAAAUGACCACAGAAAAUGGAAUCAAUGUUUCUCACUGCAGUUACAGAGACUACCGCAAUGAUGUGGACCAGAAUCUCACUCCACAGUUUUGGCUUAUUUUGGCAUUCCGCUUUGCCUUUGUUAUUCUGUUUGAGCAUGUGGUGGUGCUGUGCAAGUUUGUUGCUGCCUGGUUUAUACCUGACAGUCCAAUCAAAGUGAAAAACAGUAGGCUGAAGGACAAAUUUAAGAGACUGAAAGAGGAACUUCAGGAAAUGAAUGAAAAAUACGACAGCAGAUCCACUGAAGUGUGAACCAAACCAGAUUCUUUAAAUCUUGUGGAUCUUGUAAAUUCACAAAACUUAAAACUGAGGUUUCUUUAUUUCAUCUCCCUGGCAUCGAUCAUGUGACUGCUCUGCCAAUGAGGGACUUAUGUCACCACCAUCAUAUGUUUGCUCCAUUUCUGUGUGGAAAAUGAAAAUUUGUGAAAAUACACAAAGUCAGUUCCUGUUAUUUCAGUCGAUAUGCAUUUGUAGAGAAAUCUCCAUAGGUCUUAAUAAUAUCUUAGUGUUGUUGGCAAUGUAAUUUAUAAUUUGUAUUAAAAAAAAUGAUUUUAGAAUUAAGUUUAUUAAUUUUGAAAUGCAUAUGGAAGCCUUCAAUAAGUUUUGGAUUGACAGUGAAAACCGUGUUUCAAGUCAAUUAUUCCAAAUGUAAGAAACCCAAAUUUAUAAGGGGAGUACAAAGUACUAAAGGUAUAUGCCUACCUGUGAUGCUGUUCAUACUGCCCCUUUUUAUUGUUUUUCUCCUCCUUAGGGAUGUUUUUUUAUAUAUCUUCACGUUCAUGUACCAGAAAAUGACGUACAUCACAUUCAACAUAAAUGUUAAUUUAAUAAAAUGAAGUGAAUCUAGAAGGUGGUUGCAAAAUAAAAUUGUCAAUAAUUUUUUCUUCCA